AAAUUUGAUUGUUUUCGACUGGCUUGGUUUUCCAUUUUCACCGAAAAUUAUUGGAAAUUUGAGAAAUCUUAUCCAUAUAAGUCCAAUUGUCUGACACCGAUUUAUUGUUGUUGCAAUAAUUUCAAGAUAUAAGUGUGAAUUGAGUUGAGUAAAAUACAAAAAUUAAGUGGCGCGCAUUGAUAAAAAAUAAGUAAAAAAGAAAAAUGGACAACAACAUCUCUAGACGGCGUUCAAGCGUUGAUGCCAGCAGCACAGCCACCUCGGUUUACUUAUCCUUUGACGAUAACGAAAGCACAAACAUGGGCAGCACGACGUGUUAUCGAACAUUGGAAGUCAUGGAUGAUGAUGUCUCCAUCAGGUCUUCAUUAUCCACUAUAGCCGAUGCCUCAGAUGAGAAACAUUUGAAUAAUAGCACCUUGGAAAACCAUGAUGACUCUGCUAUGCCGAGUCCUGUGAAAACCGUAAAGAAAAUGGAAAUAAUGACAUCAAAUACUCCAUUGAGAGUUUUGCCAAAAAAUAUUUUAAGGGAAUACAAAGCUCUCUGCUCAACCCCCUCAAAGGAGCAAUUAUUAAAAACUGUCGAUGUUACACGAGGCUCAGAGGUUAAGAGAUUCGAUGAUCUGGGUGUAGCAUUUUUAGGGGUUGAUGAUGAAAUGCCAGCCUUCUUCCCACCGCCACCAUCACAACACAAACAACAAAUUCGCAACGACGAAAAUAAGGAAAAUAUGUCAGAUGGAUCUACGCUAUCCGUCUCAUCGUCAGUGGAAAUAACCACUUCGGUUAUAGAGAAAAAAUGUGUUUAUUCCAUAUCCACGAUCGGAAUGCAUGCCACCGAUUCUGGUGAAGAAGAACAUGGAGAGUGCAUUGUAGUUGAAGAUAUAGAGAAAACGCCAAAGGGAGAGAAAAAUUUUCUACCAAAUGUAGAUGGCGCCAAUGAUCUUAUUGAAGAAACAAAUCAAGAAGGCGUUAUUGUAAUUGAAGAUGACAUAAUUAUUACACAUCAGACGGAUGUGCCAUUCCAGAAAAGCCACGAAAUCGAUUCAGUACAAUGUUCGAGUGAUGACAAAGCAGAUAAAACUGCAAAAACUGAAUGCGAAAGCAAUUCAAAAAUUGCUACCAUAACAGAAGAUGAUGAAACGGCUGAUAUUUCAACUCCAAAACUAUUUCAGAAGAAAGAGAUAAUAAAGGCUCAAACGGCUACCAAACCUAAAAUUCCAGUUCUUAAGCCCGCUGGUCGACGUUCGGUAUGUGAACCGAAUUUAAAAACUAAUAAACCAUCCCGAAUUUUAGCGGCAGGACCUAAAAGGCAAUCCCUUUUGCCCGUAACCAAGAAUGCAUCAACACCCAUGGAUGUGGAAAAGGAAAUACCCAUGCUUAUGGAUAGAAUGCUAAAAAUAUCCAAUACCUCGAUGAAGGAAGACGAGGGCGAUAAGCCUGAAGUGAAUAAAUUUGUAGAUGGGAAGCUCACCACCAUUCAGCCUAUGAUUAAAAGACGUUCUGUUAACCCUUCUACAUCCAAGGGAAGAUCUUCGCUAAUGCCCACAGCAUUGGCGGAAAAGAGACCUUACAGAUUUGCUCCACGCAUGUCGGUUGUAGUGAAGACCACACUAAACAGUCCAGCCAGGAAAAUGGCUCGUAAAAAUUCCAUGGGCAUAAAUGGAGUAUCGGCACAACAACAACAAAGGCGUAGUAUUAUGGCCAGUAGACUGUCUCAGGCUACUGGUACUGGUACUAAAAUGGAGACUACAGUUCGCAGAAGCAUGCUAACAACCAGUAAACUUGCCUUUGGUAGUAGUUCCAAAAAUACUUUGGUAAAUGUGAAAGAAACUAUGACACAAAGAAAAUCCAUGUAUCCCAACCUAUCAAAGGUAUCUGAAGAAUCUAAAAUAAGGCCACCAACAUUAUCUGCCAACAGCAAUCAAGCUGCAAAAAUGCAGGACAUUACUUUUACAUGUUCAUCCUGCAAAGAAAAAUUUCGCAUUAAAUCUUUAUUAGAUGCACAUAGACGGUCUCAUGAAGGAGAGACCACCUCCAAUACUAUUGCAAAGAACAAGGCUUUACCUACAGCUCAAACUGUUAAAAUGCCACAGCCAACUGGUCCAAGUACAAAAACCACACAUUCAAUGCCACAUUCAGAAGAAAACAAAUGUAAAUAUUGUGACAAGAAAUUUGCUUUGGUUCGUGCAUUGCAUAUACAUCUGCUGCAAAAUUGUUCGAAAAUUCCGCCCGGAGAUAAAAGGAAAUUGCAGUACACUGAAAUGAAUCAUGUGGAAAAGGCCAAAUUGCCCACAUUUGCCCAUCAUGGUAAUGGCUCGGCCAAUACUGCUAGUUCAAAACAAGCCACACCACGUAUGGCCGUAAGGCAACAAAAGUCGGUUGAUAUUGGCAAGUAUAAUAAAGAAUCAUCUAUGGAAAAGGAUUUGAGAACCAAGCAAUGUGACUCAUCCUCGUCGAGUAUUAGUGGAUCCCAAACAAACAUAGCAGCAUCAACUGCCACCAAUACUACAGGCUCCGUCCAGAAGUCGAAGAAAGCCACAGCACAUUCUGGAGUUUUCAAGACUCCCAGCAAAUCAGUACCUUGCCAUUUGUGUAAACUAACAUUUAAAAGUAUUUUGGACUAUACCAAUCACAGUUUAGCUACCCACAGCUACAAGACUCCAAAAGACGAGCACCAGACUACUGGAGGAAAUGAUAUUAAAUAAAGUAAAUUCCUCUAAGAACAAUAAUGCAUAAUUUUUAGCUCUACUACUUUUUUUAGAUAUCUCCUAUUUUGUUUAUUUUAUUUUUUUACCUUUAUACCAAAAGCCUACAAUUGUAAAGCUAACAUCGAUUGAAUCAUUCAUUACUGCAAGCAGUAAAUGAAAACAUGGAGAAAAAAAAACAAAGACAAAGAAGUCCUUACAAUA